CGAGCCGGGGCCGCUCCCGGGAUUUCUCCGGCCCCAGACACAGCGGCGAGGGGGCCCCAGCCAGGCUCUCAUGCUCGGGAAAGCUUCACACUGGUAGCUUGACAGAGUGGACUUUUCAAGCUGUGUGAGAGAGAAGGAGAUUUCUAUGAGCUGCAGAGUCAAUAAAGAAAUGGCCAUCCUAAGAUGAUGCUUGCACCUCAUUGACUUCACUACAGAGUUUUCAACAGAAAUUGAAUAUGGCCUAGUAGGAUUGACCUUUGGAGAAUUUAUGAUGUCCUCCGGUACUAGUAGAAGCAAGAACCGGCAGGCUGUGAGCCUGCAGGGAGUUGACCCAGAAACAUGCAUGAUAGUGUUUAAAACGCAUUGGGGACAGGUUGUAAAAAUCUUAGAGAAGCAUGAUCCUUUGAAAAAUACUCAGGCGAAAUAUGGGGCAAUUCCACCAGAUGAGGCCAGCACUGUGCUGAAUUAUGUGGAGCAUAUGCUUUUCUUAUUAAUUGAAGAGAAAGCAAAAGAUGCUGCAAUGGGGCCUAUCCUUGAGUUUGUGGUCACAGAGAACAUAAUGGAGAAACUCUUCCUUUGGAGCUUGAGGCGGGAGUUCAACGAUGAGACAAAAAUUGAGCAGCUGAAGAUAUAUGAGAUGCUGGUUACUCAGUCCCAUCAGCCUGUGCUGCACCACAAACCCAUCUUGAAGCCUUUGAUGAUGUUGCUGAGCUCUUGCUCAGGAACAGCGACACCAGCUGUGGAGUUGGAGCUGGCUGUCCUGCUGAACCAACUCUGCUCUAUCCUAGCCAAAGAUCCUUCCAUUCUGGAACUGUUUUUCCACACCAGCGAGGACCAAGGAGCUGCCAACUUCCUCAUUUUUUCCCUUUUGAUUCCCUUCAUCCAUCGGGAAGGAACAGUAGGUCAGCAGGCUCGUGACGCUCUGCUCUUCAUAAUGUCCCUGUCAGCUGAGAACAACGUUGUUGCAAAUCACAUAGUAGAAAACACCUACUUUUGUCCUGUACUAGCAACAGGACUGAGUGGUCUCUAUUCAUCUUUGCCAACAAAGCUGGAAGAAAGUGGAGAGUGGCACUGUUUGCUGAAAGAUGACUGGCUCCUGUCCCCAGCUCUUGUUCAGUUCAUGAAUUCCCUAGAGUUUUGCAAUGCAGUGAUACAGGUGGCACAUCCCUUGAUUCGUAACCAACUUGUGAACUACAUUUAUGAUGGGUUUUUGGUGCCAGUGAUGGCUCCUGCCCUCCAUAAGGUGACUGUGGAGGAGGUAAUGACUACAACUGCAUACCUGGAUCUCUUUUUGCGCAGUGUUUCAGAGCCAGCUCUACUCCAGAUUUUCUUGCGUUUCAUCCUGCUGCACCAGCAUGAGAAUGUGCACAUCCUAGAUACGCUCACGAGCCGAAUCAACACUCCAUUUCAGCUCUGUGUGGUAUCUUUAGCAUUGUUCAGAACACUCAUCGGCUUACACUGCGAAGAUGUGAUGUUACAGCUAGUUUUAAGAUAUCUGAUCCCAUGUAAUCACAUGAUGUUGAGUCAAAGAUCGACUGUGAGGGAAAGAGACUGUUAUUCAGUAUCUGCUGCUAAACUGCUUGCUUUGACCCCUGUCUGCUGCUCUACUGGGAUUACGCUGACUGUUGAAAACCAAGCCAAAGAUUACAUCCUAUGGACAAAGGCCACACCCGGUGCAGGCUAUUGCGAAUCCAUGUGCAUUGUGAAAUACGGAAGAGCUGUGGACAUCAGUUACCUGCAGUACCUGUGGGAAGCUGAAGCCAUCAUUCUCCAUUGCAUGAAAGACUGCCAGGUUUGGUCUGCCCCAUAUGAUGGGGAAGACCCUGACCCAGACACCUUUAUCCAAACGCUGGCAGAGGAAAACAGUAAAAAUGUGGAGCAGUCUAUGUUCCAACUCCAGCAGCGAACUUCCAGUAACUGCAGCUCCUCUCAAAUUACUCCAUUGGGAGAGAAGAUACAGUUGGAGCUGGAAUGGGAUGACAGCUACGAUACAGGGAUUUCUCCUGGGUCUGAUGUGAGCUCACCCCAGCCUUAUGAUGAUCUAGGGACAGUAGAGAGACAGCCGCCUGCAGAGCCACCAAAGCACAUUCAAGAGAUGAAGAAGAAUGCAAUCAUGCUUGUCAAAGGGUCUUACAUAGAAGAAUCAGAUUUUCAGGAUGAUGUCAUGGUUUACAGGUUAUGUGCCCAAAAGGACGCUCAGGAUGACGACAAUUCCAAGGAAGAAACUUUAAGUACAGCAACUGAAUCUCAAAACACAAUUCAAAGCCAGCCUAUUAAGAGGUCUUUGAAAAACUCACAUCCAGACACAAAUUUAAAGGAACACAAUAGGAAAAAUUCUGGUUUGCCUCAGGAUGUAACAAAGGAACAAAUAAACCAGAAAGUUGUUGAAACAGACCCACAGCCAGACUUAGAGCUGAAACUCUCUCCUCCAGAAGCAGAUCAAAACUCAAAUGUGAGGCUGCUGAGCCCAAAUAGUGAGGAAUUCAUUGCACAAUAUGACAAAAUUAUUGAAGAACUGGAUUCUAACACAACAGGCUUGGAGGAGCAGAAAUUGCUGACACCUGAUCCUGUAUCUCCAGUGGAAGAGGAGGAGGACUUCGAAAAUUUUUCAGUGGACACUCCCUCUACAGAAAGUAUACUGUCUCCAUUUGGGCCAAAGGAGGAUACAUUUUCCAACCAUCCUGCAAGGAGCCAGAAUGCUGCAUUUACAGGGCCAUUUAUCAGCGUAGUGCUGUCAAAGCUGGAGAAUAUGUUGGAGAAUUCCUUGCAUGUUAAUUUGCUGCUCAUUGGGAUUAUUACUCAACUGGCCGGUUACCCGCAACCUCUUCUUCAUUCCUUUCUGCUCAAUACCAACAUUGUAUUGCAGCCUAGCGUACGAUCAUUAUAUCAGGUGCUGGCCUCUGUGAAAAAUAAAAUUGAGCAGUUUGCAUCCAUCCAAAAAGAUUUUUCAGGUCUUCUUAUACAGGCCCAGCAGUACUUGCUUUUCCGAGCGGACAUGUCUGACGUGGCUCCAGAGUUACUAACCAAAGAGAACAUCCAACACAACAGCAGCACAGGGAAAGGAAGAAAUCUUUCUGAAGCUUCCCAAACCCUGCUCCAGCCUUUCUUGGGACACAGAGCUAAGAGAGUAAAGGCUCUUCCUGGCAUUCCCUUGCCUGUGAGGAAUGCUGUGCUUGCAGCUGCCCUUUUCCCAGAGUUUCUGAAGGAGCUAGCAGCUCUUGCACAGGAACAUUCCAUCCUGGGUUAUAAAAUACCGGGUGAUGUUGACGAUUAUUAUUAGUGUCUUUUUUUUCCCUAAUACAAUUAGCAGAUUUUUAAAUGUGAAGCUGCUUACAAAAGAAAGUUCUGCUUUGAUACUCCUGACAAUACUUGAUCUGGGGGAAAAAAAAAAACCUCAUUCUAUGUUACCUUUAUAUUGGGCCUUAUGACUUCCAACUGUGCAACAUACUAAUUUGAAAUAGAACCCCUCAGGAAUAUAUCAUGUGUACCCUUCUUCCCUUGUGCAGUUACACAACUUCCUUUACCUCACUGCUCCAGUUUUCAAUUUUGGCCUAGAAAAGUGGGUUGCCUGGUGGAAGAAAUAUCUGAUAUGUAAAUAUAUAUGAAAAUUGCACAAAAUUGGUCAAAUAAGCCUUCUGUGUUAAGGGCCAAGAUUUUGGGGGGGUUAAGGGGGGUGUUUGCUUUAUUUUUAAAAGAAGAGUCUACAGUCCCACCUCUGAAAUCCCCUUUACCAAUGGCUGGGGUUGUGAAUCUCAAGUGGUCUCAUGUGUUCUAAAUGCAUGAUUAGCUGAAAGCAGGUGCUGUACCCAAGACAUACCGUAUUGCCUUAUGUUGCAUACAAAUCUGCAGCUCUCAGCUGUUGGUCUUUUGAAGUCAAAUGAAAUGUAUAAGUGGAUGUAGAGUGCAGACUGCUUGGAAUUUUCCUUACAGUUUCUCAGCGUUCUUUGAUAAAUAUUAUAUUGCUGCCUAAAAUCUCAAGCAAGCCUUAUUUAGUAAGAUUUGCACAAAGUACAAAGCAAAAUGUUUCUAUGCAAGCUCUAACAAAUUUGUAGAAGAAAUUUGUUUGUGUUCUUCUAUUGAUAAGCUGAAGAAAAAUAUUCAAUAGCUUUCAGUAGUGUUACAAGGGUGACUCCUAUCUAUUUUUGUUAAGUACUGCUUUUUAUGAAAAAGGACAGCUUGCCUCUGAAAAGGUGCUUAAUUUUUUUUUUAAAUGUCAUUUUGGUUAAGGAAAAACAAAAUGACUACAUGUAAAGAGAAACUCGUUAUUUAUUUUUAAGUUAUGUGCUAGCUUUGCCUAAUAUUGCACUUUUGGGGUAAUGGGGACAGGGGAGGAAUGUUCAGCAGUUGGGGAGGAAAAAGUAACAGGGAUAACUGAAAACUGUUUGCUAGUGACUAACUGCAAGAAAAUUCUCUUCUGUGAGUAAUGAGGUUCAUUAGAAGAAUCCCAACAUGAUGAAUUGGUGCAUCACUGCUGCAUUUUGUCUUACUCUUAGUGGCAUAAUUGUGCUUCCAGUGCUAAACUUUGCUCUACAUGAAUGAGGGCUCAGUUCAUGAAAGCCUUAAUGCUUCCCCUUUCUACUACGAGAAAACUAAAACAACCCAAAAGCACUGAAAACCAGAGGUAAGAAUGAUAUUAAAACAGUUUAUGGUGCUGGUUAUAAUUCCUCAAUACUGAAAAGCCCCAUUAUAUAACUUUCCCAAUUUCAAACAUGCUAUCUUCACUUAGGGAAUGUAAAUGAAAAACCUAUAAAAAGAAAGAUCAGGUACCAUUUUGUAAAGUACUUAAAUCACUUAGGAGCUGAAGUCCCAUUAACUUAGUCCUUCGUCACAGGGGGGUAUGUCUACACAGUAGUUAAAUGCUUGCAGCUGGCCUGGGCUGCAGGCUUAAAGUUGCUGUGUAGAUGUUUGGGCUUUAAGUUAAGCCUGAGCUCUGAGAUUGUGUGUGUGUGUGUGUGGGGGGUCAUACCAGAGUCCAGGCUCUAGUUUGAACUUGAAUGUCUGUCUAUACGACAUUUUUUUAGUCCCACAGCCUGAGUCAGCUGGCCCAGGCCAGCCACCAGUCUUUUAUUCCAGUGUAGACAUACCCGUUGGUGCUUUGAAAAGUGCACCCAUUUUCCAUAACAGGGAGAGGUAGACUAGUGCCUGACUACACUAGGUUCUGUCUGUAGGAGACACCAAAAGUCCUAAAGUGGAUCUGUACAGAUUGCCACCUGCAAAUACUUCCCUUGACCUGUCAUCACUUGUCUGUCUAGAUAUCUGUAAUGUAUUCAGUUCUGAACACCAGCUGCCCUCCCUCAAAGCCCUGACUGCUGCAGCUCAGCCCUUUGUGCUCAGGCCCCUUUCUUUUCUGUUGUUCCUGCUCCAUGCAACUCUUUGCCUGUCAGAUGCAAUUCCACCAAACCACCCUCUAACCUCCUUGCAGCUGCUCCACUCACCACCCAUUAGAUUGCCUUUUUUAAAAACUCAUUUAAUUUAGGAAUGGGAGAAUUCUUCUACUGAUUCCAUUGCUGCUGGAGCCAUGGCCAACCAGCCUCAGGUCCCUUUCCUUCUUCUAGCAGCUGGUAGGGUCUUCACUCUCACUCAAUCACCCACCUUAGAACUUUGGUUCAUGCCUGUUCUCUCAAAUUAUCCCUCAGGGGAAGAGAGAGAUGGCGAAGCAUCACUUACUACAGUGCUCCAGCCUAAUCUGGGCUGGGUCAGUGGUUGCUGAAUUCCUUAAGCACUGAUCUAAUCUGUUCCCAUGUCAUCAAAGCAUAGGCACUACCUUCUAGCAAGAAGCUGAUGUGAGUGCUUUAAAAAGAAUAAAUACAUGUAAUAAAAUAAGCAAACUUCAAUGAGUCAUAACCAAGUGGGUAUUUACUCCCAAGAAACCAUCCACAUUUUUAAAAACUGUUAAUGGGGUGAAUUUGUUUGGUAAUUCUCCCUUUCCUUGCCUUUAAGUUAAAAUCAAACUCUGAACGGUUUAGGAAUGGUUUCAUAUUAAAUGGUCUCUCUCAUUACAGUAGUCUGUUCUGAAGACAAAGGUAGAUGGAGACCUUAAAAUGUGGACUGUGCAAACUAGAUCUGUAAGUUUUCUGGUUUUGACCCAGUAAACUGUAAUAGUUCCAAAGGAGUUAUUCCCGCCUACCACAUUAGUGAGCUUUAAAAAACCUACAGUGUGCAGAGGAAUUCUUACAAGUCAUUACACUGUAUGUGCACAAGGUACGCUUUAAACAAACAAAAACUCUGUCACCUAUCUAAAAAGAGAGACCAUAUUAUGGACUUGUAAAUUUGGCAACCGAUUCCUCAAUUUUUGAGAUACACAAAGGAAAUAGCACAUAUAAGUCUGGUCAGUUUAUACUCAAACUCUAAACUGUCCAAAUAAAGAUUCAAUACUUCUGGUCUGAGAUAGCGUAGGCAAGGUUUCAGUGAGGGCUGAAUUACAAAACCAUAACCUCCAGCAACCUGAGAAAAAAUAAACUAUGAUAUUGGUACUUCCUACCUUCAAUGUGCAGAGCAAACUACAUGUAAUUCAGUAUGAAAAUGGUGGUUGUUUCAUUAUCAGAGCCUCAGAUUAAUAAUCCUUUCUUGUUCAAGCCCUUCAUCUGAAUGCUGCUUAAUAUGCUGCUGCUUUCAAAUUGGACUGAUUUGGAACAACAGAAAUCAAGACCUGAUUCUGAUCUGUAACAUUGGUGGAGAUGAUGAAAAUCAGACCCGAGGAGGGUUGUUGUUUUUUUGUUGUUGUUUUUUAAUUAAAAAGGUUGCCCUUCUUUUAGUACACUUAGAUACAUUCCUUCAAAGUCUCUGCUGUUCACAAAUUCCUUUCAGUAUUUAAUAUUUCAUCGGGGUUUGUCACAUCCUGUAGUGAAAGUGCAAUGCAUUCACUUAGUGAAGUUAUGCCUGUUUGGUGACUACUACCUAGUUGUCCUUAACACAAAAAGAUUAUCCAGACAGAUAAGAUUGAUCCAUUUAACAGAAUUGUUUUUAUAACUCGGGUAAAGGCACAGGUUUUCAGGGGGAAAAGAGUGGGUAGGUAAUAACUCACGUACACUUAGUUUUCACCAGUUCCAACCUGGGCACUAGUGGCUGAAAGGCUUUGACAGCUCCUUGGCGUAUGUGCAGUGAGACAGCUUUCUGUCCACUCCCUAGGGACGCAACUGUCUUGUUCAGCACAGAAUGAGGGUUUACAGUCAAGCUGCCCUUCUACCACUAGAGAGGUAGGUCUUCCAGUACAAGGCUGAAGCAUGCACUGUCAUUGCCUGUGCUGGCAUGCCUCUGGGUAAACAGAGGACUCCAUUCUCCAGUGUGGUCAAUUCAGCAUAAGGAUUUAAAAAAAAAAUCUCUAGGAUGGGAGAGAAAAAAAGAACAGUCUUAUUUGGUGCAGUUAAAUGAUGUCACGCCUUUUAGUGUAUUACUUUGAAUUGUAGCCAGAGCUACAAAGUCAUUACUGCUUACUGUGCAAAUCUUCUUUUAUACAUUGAUUAUAACAUAGUUCCUCUUUGAGGGCAGCUUGAUUUAAUAAGCAAUUUACUGUGCUGUACUGACUGAAAUUACUAUGUCAUGCCUACAGUUUUUAUGAAGGCUGCAAUUCUUACAUUUAUAACAUUUAGACCUCAGCUACAAUUGCAAGUAAUAUAGUACUUUUACCCAUGCUAGUUCUGGCACAAUACAGUAGUGUCAUGCUGUCACUGUCUAAAUUUAAUUUAGGUCAUUACAGGAUGUCCUUGGUUGCACCUUUUGGGCUUUAGCGAUAGAAGAUGACAUUAAUUACCACCAACUAAGUUAAAACAACACAGGCUGGCAGUGUGGUACUCACUUCAGUGUGAAAUAUAGACAGAACUGAAAUGUGUAUUACUCUUGUUUGUCACAAGCAGAAAAAAGUCACAGUGGCCCUGUGUCAAGGACCAUUACUGUAAAAAUAUAGAAGGGGGGGGGUAAAAGUUAUCUCUUGUUAAUGUGUUUUUGAUCCUCUGGCCUCUAAGGGCUGCUGGGAAGUCAUUACAGCUUACUGAGCAAAUCUUUUUAUUCAUUGAUUAUAACAGUUUGUGUGGCAGCUGGAUUAAGGCCUAAAACCCUUUAUGGAACUUUUGUGCAAAGGCUGCAUUUCUGAACAAAAUAAUUUUCUUUGCCAAAGUUAAAGUGCCCAUGUAUACCUGUGUUUGAUAUAUUAGCUUCAAGAGAGCAUUUGAUAUCACUAUUUUAUUGCAAUUUGCUUAAAAAUAACCAAGUGGAUCUAGGCUAAAAAAUAAUGUAGCUGGCUUAAACCUAGGUCUAAUCAAACUGUCUAAAUGCUACUCUGUCAGCUUGGCUAGCACCCACACAGAAUGCCAUCUCAUCUCUAAUGGAAAAAUGUAAGCCUUUAGAGACUACAAGUCUCAGCAUUCAGUGCUCCAGCUUGAGCCAAGAGGCCAUAUCGCUGCUGGACACAACUCUCUGUUAACAGGGAGAGUGACAUUCAGUUUACCAACUCUAGCAAUAUUUACUUUUCCUUAAAGCUCCAGCUCAGAGUAUUGUGAUUAAAUUAAAGUCAACAUUCGCACAUAGAAGUUUCUAGUGCUCAUAAAUGUAGAGGAGCUUGAACCUUCAGCCUUCCUGUCAAGUUUGGUGGCAGAAUUUUAGCAAAGUCCUGCUGGGAGCCUGCACCAGCAUAUUGCUCAUUCAAACCUGCUUUCCUUUUCUUUAAUAUUGCAUAACCCACCCUCCACAGAAGUCACCAAAUCGGGCUGUCUGCAAGGACAGUGAUUUGAACCCACAAUUUAUGGGGAUAGAGAGCUGCCUUUAAAAAAAAAAAUCCAUUGGACACUUGUGCCUGCAUCCUGGCCUGUUCUACCUGUUCUGUGCUACUUGGGUUUCAAAAAGCAGGUAGAAAGAAAAUCAGCUUUGCUGUUUAGCUGGUAUCAGGCCACUCUUCGGUUCCUAAUCACUUCCCCUCCCUCAGGACCUCAACAAGAGAAGAGGAGAGGGCUGCUUCAGUAAUCCUUAGCUACCAGAGUAGCUCCUUCCAAGUGCAACUUGAAGUUAGCAUGAGGCUGUUCUAAAUUGUACCAGGGCCCAAAUCAACUAGCCAUAGGAGUAGGGAGGCAAAGGUGAAUCCAGUGCAGCUUGCCGGGACCUGUGGCUUUAAUAUAUAUUGCCUCACUUAUAACAUUAACAAUACAAUUACAUCUGGGGCAUUUGAACUGUACAGCCAACCAGAUCCAUGCUAUAUCUGAAAAGAUAAAUUGUGACCUCCUUGCUGCUGUAACUUGGUUUUCUCUCAUCCUUAGAUGAAGUAGAAUGUUACAAACUUCCUGUCUGAAUCAUAUGAAAAUAGCUAUGCAAGGGAGAUACAGCGGAGGGCAAAAGUUUUGAUGUAGUGCUCUGUCUCCUUUCUUGAGCACCCUGAGAUUAUAGCUUUAAACAAAAGAUGAAGGAGGGUAUUCGUUCAAGAGUGAGAUGCUACUUUACACAUACAGCACACAAAGGCCAUUAAUCUAUGAAAGGCUGCUGCUGCUGCAGUUAGUGACUGUGAAAGUCUGUAUAUUACAACGGCUGCUCAGCAAAAAAAUAAGAUUAUUACAUUAGAAUGAUAUCACAGCACCUACUUAAUGGCCUGGAAAAGGGUUCAAAUUACAUUAACAUUCACAAGUAGAAUGCCUAACCUGUAAUGAAAGUUUCCAUCGGACACCUCUAUGACAUGGAUCAAAUUAAACUCUGCAGCCAGGGCUGAUGGCUAAAGGUUGUCUUUCCUCAUAACUCUCUCAAUGCUAGAAAAAAUAUUUUGGCAGUUUCUCCCUCCAACCCCCAAAUGCAGGAUAACUGCUGCUACACACACACAUAAUCAAUGCCCCCUGCCAAAAGCUUUUACACUCUAUCGGGUAAGAGCCCAUGUUUGCCUACCUCUCUGUCCAUCUGGAUGGGAUUGUAAUGACUGUGUAUGGUGUCAACUUUUAUACAUUGGUGAAAUUUCUCUCCGUAAGCUGAAGGGCCAAAGGAAAUUCUCUCACACAGGCUGUGUAUUAAAUUAACACCGAGGAUCUGGAUGAAACUGUCUAACUCACCCUGCCUAACAACAGGAACACAUCAGGCAUCUAAGCAGCAGCUCAGUGAGGGCUUCAGUAGCAAACUGACACCGGAGUUAAGGGCAGAACUUGAGCCUUACUUCAAGGAAGCUCUAGCUUUUGUUCUUUGUACAAGCCUUGUGACAUUGAUCACUCCGUAGACAGACAGUCUCUGCACCCUCACCCCACAACACCCAGCCUGUGCUGCGUAUUUGUCAGACAGUUGAUUAACUCCUUGAGUAUGUGGCGGAGUUGUCACUCUCUGUAGGGAACAAACUUUUGGGAAGUUUAGACUUGGCUCUAAGCUUUUUGGUAGGGAGCAGGAGAAUCCUUCUGGCCAUUUUUAACUGGAUGUUUUAUGUUCUGCUCAGAGGGGCACAAAGGCUGGGGUGUAGGGAGGAUAGCUCAAUCAAGUUAGCUGAAAGUGAACAAAAAGCACUUAACACUCAAACAGGAUAACAUGUGUGAAGCCAUGGUAACCAGCCCUGUCGAAGCAUAAGCUCCCCCCACCCCAGCUGACACUGCUUUAGACAUGAUAGCCAGCACCUUAAUGAGCAUACAAGGACUUCAUACACAUUAAGCUCUGAUUAAAAAAGCUUACCCUUUUUGAUUGUCAGUCAAGAAACAUCCUGAAGAUAAGUUUUUGUUCCUAUGCAAAAUGUUGGUUUAAAAAUUCAGCAGGUGAGGAGUCCAUAAUAUGGUUUCAAGUAUCAGAGGGGUAGCCGUGUUAGUCUAGAUCUGUAAAAAGUGACAGAGUCCUGUGGCACCUUAUAGACUAACAGACAUAUUGGAGCAUAAGCUUUGUGGGUGAAUACCCACUUUGUCGUAAUAUGGUUGAAGAUUUUUAACCUAUGUCCUUCUGUCUGAUUCUACUACAAGGGAAGAGUUUGUUACAAUUAUCCACUUCUAGUUUGUGCUGCCUUCCUUGUUCUCCAUUGUAUGUGUGGCAGGUAAUGUUGAAAGUAGGUUGAGAUUUAUAGUAAUUGCUAUUUUAAACUUAAAGAUCUAAUGCUAUAUAUUCAUAGAAUUUGUCCAUGAAUUACAGGCUAUUUUCUACCCUAUUACAUAAUUGCCUAGAACAAAAUGGCUUUGAAAACAGGUAACCAUUAAAGAUAUUUACGAACAGUAGUCAUGCUAUGGUAUCUGAGAGCCUUCUAUUUUAAGUAUAGUGCAGUUACCCCCUCACCUGAGAGAGAGUAGUUAGCGUAACACACAUCCCACUCCAAAGCUGCCCAACAAAAAGCAUUAAUAAUACAAGAGGACAAAACCUUCUGGAAAAAGGUCGGGUUUGUUUGUUUGUAAAGGUAAAGAAUAGGCUUAACACACAUGGACCCAUAAAAUUCAAACUUUAUGCAGAUGCUCAGUCCAUAAUUCACAGUCUUGUGCCUUUUGUUUCCUCCCAGAAUGGCAGGAGUUAAGGGCAGAGCAUUAAUCUAACAAAUUCAAAGUUCAGUGUAUAUUAUGGUUUGUGUCAUAACCAUUUAUUAUCUGGAUGUGUUUUGUAACAUUGAUUGAAACUUAGCACUCUGAACGAAGUCAUCAUGGAACAAAACAGGUGCCACUAAGUACAAGAUAAAAUGGUGGUUUUGCUCAGAGGUGACAAAAUGAUAGUUAAGCCUUUGUUUGAAUGUCACUUUAAAAACACAAUUUUUUAAAAGGUCAACGUCUGUCAUUGCAAAAUUCAGAGUAAAUCUUAUCCUUUUCAGACAAAACAGGCAACUUAACGUUAAUGCUUUUUGUCAGCUGCACAACCUUUUAACUAACUUAUUUUUAUGUGAACAAUGGGUACAUGUUUUAUUCAAUAAAUAUAUUUGAAAACUCCUGCAUUUUGCCUCUUUUCUGCUUAAACUGUGAGCUUGUUUGUUCAAAUGUUUCCCUGUCAAGAAAGAUAGUAGCACUGAUAAUCAAAGAAUGAAGUACCAGUGAGCAGGGCUGAACUAGGAAUUCCAUAACUUGAAGACAAUAGCUAGAUUCCACAGAAUUCUCUGAAUUAAGCCCAGAUUUUGAAAGGUAUGUAAGAGCCCAAAUCUCAUUUUCAAAAAGGAUUUAGGCAUCAGAGUCAAAAUCCCAU